AUGCCCAAGUGUAUAUCUCUGCUCAAGCGUCAUCGUGCUGCUGGUCCUGACGAACUGCCACCUGGUCUGUUCAAGGAUGGUGGUGAACUUCUCGCAAUCCACUACGUCUCACGUAAUGGCUCGCAGUUCACGUGUCCUGUUGGAUCCUACUUCCAAUGCAUGGCGUCGCAAAGCUCCAAAUUGACCAAACCGUCAUCCGUUAAGGAUCCAAUAGUUCAACCGGAAGUUUUCGUCACACUGUCCGAUCUGAAAGCUGAGGCAUUCCGCAGCGGCAACACUCCGACAUUUGUCGGAUCUAUGCGUGAAUGUUCCGCGGACUACGUUCCGAAUAAGGUUGUCCCCAUCGUGGUGGGCGUCGCCUUGGCUGCGAUGAUCAUCAUUGCCCUGAUCACUAGUUCCUCCGGAGGCAAGGUGUUUUCGGCCAAAGCUUACUCUCUUGAUCAACUGGAAGGCACGGAUGUCGACCGUGCAUGA